UAAUUAAGAUGUCUAAUUGUGUAAUGGUAUCGCUUAUACAUACAUUAUAAUGCAACUAACAUUUAUUAUAAUAAUAUAUAAUAGACAUUAAAUUCUUAGGUGUUGAGUUGUGAAUUCUAGUUCAAUACUAAUCUUCUAAACCGAAAUUAAUUAUAUUUUUCUUAUUUCAGGAAUUGGUUCCUGGUUAGCAGACACUUAUUAUUAAAUCGGUUGGUGGAGCCGUCGGCAUGAAGAGCGAUACGCUGCGGCUGGCGCGGCUCGCCUUAGUACUGUUACAAGCCUCUUUUGUAUUUAGUCGAAUCGCAUUUGAAAAACUCACCGAUGUAGACUUCACUGGUACGGCGUAUUAUACUGUUCGCAACCUUUCUCUAUAUGAAUGCCAGGGUUGGUGUAGAGAAGAACCAGAUUGCCAGGCCGCGUCAUUUAGUUUCGUGUUGAACCCGUUAACUCCGGUGCAAGAGACUCGGUGUCUACUGCAGAAUGACACCCAAGCUAACAACCCUAUGGCUACACCUCAGCGAGCGGUGAAUACAUACUACAUGGUGAAACUGCAAGUAAGAACAGAGAGCGUAUGUUUGAGGCCUUGGGCCUUCGAGCGUGUGCCUGGUAAGGCCUUGCGGGGUCUCGACAACGUCAUCAUCUACACGUCAACCAAGGAGGCGUGUCUUGCUGCUUGUCUUAAUGAGAAGCGAUUCCCGUGCCGAUCAGCUGAAUAUGAGUACGGUAGCAUGCGGUGUGCGCUCAGUGAUUCUGAUCGUCGCACUGCUCAGCAUAUCGUGCAACUUGUUGAUACACCUGGCACCGACUAUUUUGAGAAUCUGUGCCUGAAGGCGUCACAAGCGUGCAAGAACCAUCGUAUAUUCACUGCGCCUCGUGUCGGCGUCGCUGAGGAUAAAGUGGCACAAUAUGCGGGAUUACACUAUUACACGGAUAAGGAACUGCAGGUGACUUCCGAUUCAGCCUGUCGCCUGGCUUGCGAGAUCGAAUCAGAAUUCCUAUGUCGAUCGUACCUAUACUUGGGUGCGCCUCACUCGACUGCCUACAACUGCCGCUUGUAUCAUUUGGAUCACCAUACGCUACCAGAUGGACCUUCGGCUUAUCUUAACGCAGAGCGACCUCUUAUCGAUGACGGAGAACCUAUCGGGAAAUACUUCGAAAACUUCUGCGAAAAACCACCUAGCAACUCCAACCCGGGCGGCGAGCUCCCCGUCACAAUCGAGCAUCAGCAGGACACUAACACGUCCAGCAACCUGACAAGGAAUGACGCUAACUGCGACAAGACUGGCACUUGUUAUGACGUGUCGGUACUAUGCAAGGAUACGAGAAUCGCGGUACAGGUCCGCACAAACAGACCUUUCAACGGUCGGAUUUAUGCCUUGGGCCGUUCAGAGACAUGUAACAUCGACGUAGUUAAUAGCGAUCUCUUCAGACUGGACCUCACGAUGGCUGGACAAGAUUGCAACACACAGAGCGUCACUGGAGUUUACUCGAACACAGUUGUCCUACAACAUCAUAGCGUGGUAAUGACAAAAGCCGAUAAGAUAUACAAAGUGAAAUGUACGUACGACAUGAGUUCAAAGAACAUCACAUUCGGAAUGGUGCCAAUCAGAGACCCAGAGAUGAUAUCUAUCACUGCAUCUCCUGAAGCACCAUCACCACGCAUUCGCAUUCUGGAUGCACACCAAAGGGAGGUUGAGACUGUGCGUAUAGGAGACCGCCUCACAUUCCGUAUCGAAAUUCCAGAAGACACGCCGUAUGGUAUCUUCGCACGCAGCUGCGUUGCUAUGGCCAAAGAUUCCAAGACUACUAUCCAAAUUAUCGAUGAUGAAGGUUGCCCCGUGGAUCCAUCCAUCUUCCCUGCAUUCACUCCAGAUGGGAACUCGCUGCAAACCGUUUACGAAGCUUUCAGAUUCACUGAAUCAUACGGAGUAAUCUUCCAAUGCAACGUAAAAUACUGCCUUGGUCCUUGUUCACCGGCCGUGUGCGAAUGGGCUAUGGAGUCCAUUGAAUCCUGGGGUAGGAAGAAGCGUUCGUUGCCCCACAACGAUACAGACAAUCACUCGCAAGAAGAAAAUAUGAACAUUUCUCAGGAGAUCUUGGUAUUGGACUUUGGCGACGAGAGACAAAGCACAGACUUCCUAAGAUCUGAUAAACCUGGUGGUACAGUUUCCGAAGCAAAUUACGGUGAAAAAACUGUGACAAUUGUGGAGCCUUGCCCCAGCAAAGCGUCGGUACUCCUCCUUGGAGUGGCAUGCGCGUUGCUAGUUCUGCUUUACAUCGCAACAAUCUUUUGCUACUAUAUGCGCAAAUGGCUCUCACCCCCUAAGCACAUGUCGUAAUCGUACAUUGUAACGCAGCUCAGAGGCUAACCCGAGUACAGAAGUUCCAAACAAGGAACUUGUGAUACAAAUGACUGAUGAUAAAUUUCACAUUCACAGGUCAAAUUCCGUCCAUAUCUAUAAGUAUUACUUUUCGUGGUGUUAACAUCUGAUUUAUUAUUAUGAUAUUAUUGUGACCACCGCGUGUUUUGCAUUUAAUUUUAGUGGUAAUUUAUUGCAUUUAAAAGCAUUUAUUAAUAUUAAUUAGGAAUAUAAACACUGAUAAUUUUACUAUAUAGCAGUAAUAGAUAAAUAUACUCUACGUUUUUACAUUAACUGAAUUUAUAAUAGAAGUGUUUGAUAAAUUUUGUUGCCCUAAACGUUUAUAGGGUUUAGUAAAUUUAAUAUAAGACAAUGCAUUUAUUAAUUGUUAAGUGAUAACCAGUGUUUUGUACAAUUGUGAAGUACAUGGUACUUAUUAGAAGUUAUACGCGAAAAUUUUGGAAUAGUCCCCAAAGAUUAAGGCAUUUCUAUAGUAAUACAUUAUUUUUGUGGGAUUAUUCCGAAUGAUUUAAAUUGGAUGUAGGUGAAUCGAGUUAUAGUUAAGGCAAAUUAUUUAGUGUUUGAAGUAUUACGUAAGCAGGUUUCAAUCAUAUUAAUUACAAGUAAGGAUGUGAGGAAAGGGGGUGGAAUCUACAACAAAAAAAAAAUAUUUUUGCGUAAUACACAAGUAACAUAAGUUUUCGAGACAUUUCAACUUUUUGUGACCUUUUGGUCUACAUUUUAUUGUAGUUCAUUUUUCAAUGUCAAAAACUUUAAAUAUGAUUUUUGUAAAUAUUUUUUAUAUAUACAUAAUUAUAUCUAUUUGGUUCUAAUAUUUAGAUAUUUUUAAGAACUUUCAGUUGGGUUUUGAAGAAAUAUAUUCUUGAAAGACUAUGUAUUUAUGGUGUACUUAUAUAACCACAAAGUUAAACACAAAUUUUGUUUCUCUUAACCCAACUUGAGAUUUCUGUCUUAUUUAUUUAGCCUAAUUUUUAUAUUUUACUAUUUAUUUUUUUCAUUAUAAUUAACUAAUGAAAUUAAAUUUGUACAAAUUUAUACUUUGUUUUAUUUUCAACAAAAUUUAUAAAAUCAACAUGUAUAGAUUUUAUACAUUUAACAGAUCUACAUAUUCAAAUAAAUUAAAUCAAUUAUAAUUUUCAAUUUAUAUCAACAUUCACUUUGUACCAUUAAUUUACUAUAAACAUUGCUUAGUAUUUCUUCUUUUAUUUUAGAAUCAAGUUCUUCACUGUCACAACCAAAUGUCUUCUGAAAAUGUCUUAAAAAUAUUGGACUCAUUUUGUCAGUAGAACACUUAAUACCUGUUUCCUUUGUGAGUGAAGUGACACCCAUAUCAUCUAUGCCACAAGGGUCAAUAUGAUCAAACCAGCUGAGGUCGUUAUCGCAGUUCAAAGAAAUGCCAUGUGUCGUAACAUAUCUAGAGGCAUGUAUUCCGAUAGCUGCUAUCUUGUUGUCAUCUACCCACACCCCAGUGUGAGGAGACCUCUUUGCUUUGAUACCUGUGAAUGUUUAUAUCAUUGGCAUAUGAUCAUGUUCGAGA